AGAAGCGCGCGUGCAAAUAAAUAAAGAGAGCCCCAGCAACAGCACCCGGGAUGGUGCGAGAAUAUGCAGGAACUCCUCGGCGAACGUGAGGUGGGUCCCCUAACACACACAACCCUCAGGACUGGGGCCAAAACCCGCGGAAACUCCACAGCGAGUGUGCCCAGGGGCCGGUGCUCCCCACCUCCGAGGGGUGCUGGAGACGGAAAGCCCCUCGGCUGGGCUGGUCUCAAGAGUCAGCAGCUCGCCCAAAGUGCGGUCGGAUGCUGGGUCCGGCUGGCCGCGGCGGGCCCCGCGCAGCAGUCCCGCGGGGACUCACUGCAUCUUCGCUCCGCCGGACGCCGGGGACUCGCGCUCGGCCCGCUCAGUGUCCGGGCUGGCCUGGCCGAGACAGCGCUGGGCUCCGAGGACAGGGGACGGGCAUGGCCGGGUCCGGGAACCGCCGCUACCUCAUUUCUUCCCUCCGAGGCGGUGUCCAGCUCCGCUCCCGGGCUCUCCACGGUCUGCUGCCCGCCUUUGCAGCGCGCCCUCUCCGGUGCUGCGAGCGGCGUCCGGCUCGCCUGCCUCACAUCCUUGCCGUCCGGGAAGAAGAUCUCGGAAUUGUAUUCCAUUAAAGAAAAGAGAGAUGCACAGAAAACACCAAGGCUUAUCUCUCACUAUCUUGAGCUCGUAUUCACAGAAGGAGGUGGUGUAUCGUAUGGGAAAGAAGGAGAGACCAGACUGCAAGCUCGCCUUGGAACAACUUUUCUGCCACCAACUCAUUUUUGGCCAAAGUAUGACAGGAAAAACAACAGAAACCAACCCACUCUUUCCUCUCCUUCCUCAGACAGAUGUGGAGCCCAGAGGCACAACAGUGUGGACUUGGAAAGCUGAAAGCAACUCCAAAGUUUGUUGCUGGGUGUGGGUUUCAGAGCCUGUAACUACAUUUGUUGAGACGCGGUAGAAAUCAAGCAUUAUGCAACCCCAUGAAUAGGGAACACUCCCUGUGUCACUAUUUAGAAGCUGGGUGCCAGGCUUCCAAUCCCCAAAUCAAUGCAGCCUCCUCCAGGAGCCAGCUUUUCAGAGAAUCCUGGCUUUAACGGAAGCGUUCAGCUACGUGGGGAAUCGGGAGGAUCUGACCCAUCUUCCAGUCACAAGCCUGGUGGGCGACAGUUUCCGCUGGCGUGAGAAAGCAGUGACAGGGGUUCGGCUAGGUAUUGCUGUUCCUGAAGUGUGUGGGUGAAAUGGUUUCUGCAGUUGGAGGGCAGGGACCUGGACUGAUUCAUCUUUGCAACCCCCUCACUUGGGCAGCAGCCAGCACCUUGCUCCACCCUCCAUCACCACCAUCAUCACUCCCCCACGAUCUUACCUCCUUCCUUUUAAUCUGGGUCCCAUGAUCUUGUCUCAUCAACACCUUCAAUUCCCUUCCUCCUUGUCCUUCUCACUGAACAGUUAUCCAGCUGGGCUUUCACCGUCAUUGCUUAGUUUUGGGGGAAAGAAAACGUGUUCAGCUGUGCCAGAUGAUACCCCCACAAAUUACUAGGCAAUCACCUUGCAGCAUUAUCUCAUUUGUUACCUCUUCAGGGCAGGAAUUGUUAUUAGCCUCAUUAACCAGAUGAGAAGACCGAGACUCAGUUGUCUGUCAUCGGUAGAUUUUCGUAACGUCUUGGGAGAAAUAUUAGGAUUAUCUAUCCUUUUCUUGUCAGCUAGGAGUAGUUGCUGCUAAUUAAAUCUUUAUGACCUUUUGACUCCUCACCACUCCUGAUUAUCACUUUGGUUUAUUUGGUUAAGUUUUUUUUUUUUUUUUUGGAGACGAAGUUUCGCUCUUGUUGCCCAGGCUGGAGUGCAGUGGUGCGAUCUGGGUUCACUGCAACCUCUGUCUCCCGGGUUCAAACAAUUCUCCUGCCUCAGCCUCCCGAGUAGCUGGGAUUACAGGUGCAUGCCACCACACCGGGCUAAUUUUUCUAUUUUUAGCAGAGACGGGGUUUCAUCAUGUUGGCCAGGCUGGUCUCCAAACUCCUGACCUCAGGUGACCCACCCGCCUCAGCCUCUCAAAGUGCUGGGAUUUCAGGCGUGAGCCACCACGCCUGGUCUUAUUUGGUCAAGAUUUUUUAAGCCCUUAGAAAAGUAACAGUGGAAAACCAAAGUGUUUAUUUUCUCCAGAGGUGACAAAAUCUGGAAAAAGAAACUAGAUGAAGUCCCAAGUUCCUGGUUGAGCUCUAGGAAUGAGAUGGUGAGUUUCUUUAUCUCACCUCCUAGUAUUAUUAUUAAAAUGUGAAAUCUUACUUCAUGAGUUAGUUUGACCUUUAACCACUUAGCUCUGGAGAGAAUGCCGGGAGCUGUCUGCUAAUUCUAUUUCGUGGGUCUUCCUCAUAUCUUACUUCUGGAGAUUAUGUGUAGGAUUUUAAAGAUACACUGUUUCUAAAUUGAGAAAUGGGAGAAAUGAUGUUCUGAUGCAUUCCUUUGCUCAUCUGUGAGCACUGCCUUCUCAAAGCGUUGCCAAUUGCUUCACAGCUUGUCAGCAGUCCCUUGGGCAUUUCCCAAAACUCACUUCAAUUCAGUAAGAGGGGUAAGGUGUAGCACACAGAAACCCUGGCAGGGAAUUCAGAAUGGGUGGGAGUCUGGACCCAGUUUCGCCUGAUGCUAACUUGCUAUGACUGACCUUUAGCCAGUCCACUUCUGUGUCUUCAUUUGCACCAGAAAAGAGUGGACUACGCUUGCUACUCAAAGUGUGACCCAAGGACCAGUAGUAUGGGUAUCACCUGGAAGCUUGUUAGAGCCACAGGCCUCACCCCAGAGCUUAUGAAUCAGAAUCUGCAUGUUAACAAGAUUCCCAGGGGAUUUAUAUGCACAUUAAAGUGUGAAAAGCCCUAGGUUAAACGG